AAAAUAUUUUAAUCAAGGGGGAUGUUCUCGCACUUUAGUACCAACUUUCGCUUCAUUCGCUUCCCUUUCGAACGUUCUACACUUUUCAUUCUCGCUCUCUGCCAACCUCCGCUGCUCACAGCAAAAAUGGGCAGAUCAAGCAGAACAAUUUAUGUCGGCAAUCUUCCUGGUGAUGUUCGCCAGAGUGAAGUUGAAGAUAUCUUUUACAAGUAUGGCCGUAUUGUUGAUAUAGAUUUGAAAAUGCCUCCAAGACCUCCUGGUUAUGCUUUUGUUGAGUUUGAACAUUCUCGCGAUGCUGAUGACGCCAUACGUGGCCGCGAUGGUUAUGAUUUUGAUGGAUGUCGUUUACGGGUUGAACUAGCUCAUGGAGGGAGAGGCUCAUCAUCAUAUGACCGUCGCAGUAGUCACAACAGUGGAAGUAGUCGUGGUGGAGUUUCAAAACAUUCUGACUACCGGGUGGUGGUUACUGGACUUCCUUCUUCUGCUUAUUGGCAAGACUUGAAGGAUCACAUGCGUCGAGCUGGUGAUGUUUGUUUUUCUCAAGUUUACCGUGAGCGUGACGGCAUGCGUGGAGUUGUCGACUAUAACAACUACGAUGACAUGAAAUAUGCAAUAAGGAAGCUUGAUGAUUCUCUCUUCCGUAACCAAUUUUCAAAGGCAUAUAUAAGGGUACAUUUGAAGAAGCUUCAAGUGGAGGAGUAUGACAGGAGACGUAGUUACUCCAGGAGUCCUUCUAAGAGUCCUUACUCAAGAAGCAGAAGUAUCUCUCGCAGCCCUGAUGAUCGAGCUAGGAGUAGAAGUGCUUCUCCAAGGAAGAAAAGUUCUCAUCAAUCUUUGUCUAGAUCCCGUUCAAGGUCUGUUGCAUCCAAAUCAGAAUCUGGCUCCCCUCGCUCUUUAUCAAGAUCCAGAUCCCCAAGGAAAUCUAGACCUGCAGUGUCAACACCACCCCAUCAAUCCAGGCAUGGGAGUGCCAGUAUGAGCAGGAGCAGGAGCAGGAGCAGGAGCAGAUCGAGAUCUAGAUCUAGAUCGGUGCAUUCUGAUUGAAGUGAAUUUGCGGAUGAAAGAUUGAAAAUGAAAGAUUGUGUCUAGCUCUACAUUCAGGAGGAUUUGUGUGAGUCAACUGUCAGAUUAAUGGAUCGUCUAAUAUUUUUGCCAAUGAUUGUAUUCAUUUUCUUCAUCAUGUUGGCCAUCUGUUCUGUUAUGGCGUUUGAUGUAUCAUUUGGCACAAUCAAUACGAUGUUGGUAAAAACACUUGUUCGAAGGUUACAAUUCAACGACAUAUGAUAAUGAUAUAAUGGACGCAUCCUUAUUUUGUUA